AUGGAGGGAAAGCAGCCAGAAUCAGAACAUAGCGAGCACACCGACGCUGUCCGGGAUGAUGGUGUUGAGCCUUAUGGGCCUGGAGGAAUCCGUGGUGUCAUUCAGUCACCGUAUGUGGUCGCAUGCGCAUCUCUCAGUGCCAUAGGUGGCAUCCUCUUCGGCUACGACCAGGGAGUCAUAUCUGUCAUUCUUGUCAUGGAUCAAUUCUUGGAUAGAUUCGGCGAGGUAUCCGAUACAGCUCCCGGAUCGGGGUUUUACAAGGGACUCAUGACCGCCAUGAUUACUCUGGGUGCUUUCAUUGGUGCCAUGAAUCAAGGUUGGCUGGCCGACGCCUAUUCGCGAAAAUACUCCAUCAUGAUCGCUGUGGCCAUUUUUACAGUCGGCUCAGUGUUGCAGACUGCAGCAAUUGACUAUCCCAUGCUGGUCGCUGCUCGACUUAUUGGGGGUAUUGGUAUCGGAAUGCUAAGUAUGGUUGUUCCGCUAUACAUUUCCGAGAUAUCACCACCCGAAAUUCGAGGAACCCUGCUUGUUCUUGAGGAGCUCAGCAUCGUCGUCGGCAUCGUCGUUUCGUUCUGGAUCACGUACGGCACGCAGUACAUUCACUCGCACUGGUCUUGGCAACUGCCUUUUCUUCUUCAGAUUGUUCCGGGUCUGAUACUUGGCUUCGCUGCCAUAUUUCUGCCUUUCUCACCGCGCUGGCUAGCAUCCCAGGGUCGGGAACAAGAGGCUCUAGUGGAACUGGCGAAGCUGAGACGUUUGCCGGCGACCGAUGCAAGGGUCCAAAAGGAGUGGUCGGAUAUCAUAACAGAUGCAAAAUUCCAGGCCGCCAUUGUGAAGCAGCGCCAUCCCAGCCUCACCGGUGGCGGCACAAUCAGCAGAGUCAGGCUAGAGUUUGCCGGUUGGGUUGACUGUGUCCGGCCGGGGUGCUGGAGGAGAACUCUUGUUGGCGCUGGCCUCAUGUUUUUCCAACAGGCUAACUUGGCCGAGUUCGUGGGCAUCAAUGCGCUCAUAUAUUACGCCCCGACUCUCUUUGGCACCAUGGGCCUUGACCUCAAUAUGAGCCUUAUCAUGUCCGGUGUCGUAAACGUCGCGCAACUUGUGGGCGUCGUCUCCAGUCUUUGGACUAUGGAUCGGUUUGGACGGCGCAAGCUACUCCUGACUGGUAGCGUUGCCAUGUGCAUCUCUCAUAUCAUCAUCACCGCUCUGGUUGGAAUGUACUCGGGCAACUGGCCGCAGCACACUACUGCCGGGUGGACGAGUGUUGCCUUCCUCUUCGUGUACAUGCUCGCGUUCGGGGCUAGCUGGGGACCGGUUCCUUGGGCCAUGCCUGCCGAAAUCUUUCCAUCAUCGCUACGAGCCAAGGGCGUUGCCAUUUCAACAUGUUCUAAUUGGAUCAACAAUUUCAUCAUCGGACUGGUGACUCCGCCGCUAGUUCAAAACACCGGCUGGGGAGCAUACCUUUUCUUCGCAUUUUUCUGCCUGUUUUCGGGUCUAUGGACAUUUUACUUUGUGCCCGAAACAAACGGCAAGACACUUGAGCAGAUGGAUGACGUAUUCAAUGACUGUACGGGGGCAGAAGAAAUGGCACAAAGGGCCAACUUGCGCGAGCAGAUGGCCAGUCAAUCUACAGCCAGUUAA